AUGAACAACUUUGUUGGUGUGCUUGCCAGUCAUGUGUUCGCUAACAUUUGCUUCUUGCUUCCAGGUAUUACUGUGAUUUCAGCCCCGCUGGGUCCCCUGGCCACCUCCAGCCCCAAAACCAGAUCCGCUGUUGCCUUGUCGACAUCAGCAGAGCCCACAACAUCCCAUAAUACCGGUCUGACUCAGGACCUCACCUCCAUCAGUAAGACAUCAGUGAAGACGGGGGCUGAUGUCAAAGUAGAACAUUUGAAAGUGUCUGAGAGUAAAAAAGCAGCAGCAGGAGGACUGGUGGAGUCCCAGGGGCACGAGGCUGCCGGCGCCGGAGGGUCACCACGAGACACCAAGACGAUACCGGGCAUCCCACCGAGCAAACCUGGUCACCAGGGGGACACAAAUGCCAUCGCCUCUGGUAGCAACAUCCUGUUGUCAAGGGCAACGAGUGUGGAGAGCAAGAAAGAGGAGAAACAGCAGGAGAGGAGGAAACAGAGAGAUGUUCUGGGGAGAUCUUCAUCACUCCUACAUCCUCUUCCUCCUACUUUCUGUCAUCCAUCGAGCUCCAAGGAGGUCAGGGAGACAGCAACCAUGACUGACCCUAAUGUCAGGCUCUGUCCUCAGGCAGGGGAGCAGAGAGAGGUGGGCGUCCAGGUGGAGGUGGAGGUAGUGGAGCGUUCGGUUUCCACCAGUCCCAGCCUCCACCGGGCAGCUCCCACCUCCUCCCUGAACGUCUCCUCAAGCCUUCAGUCCGGCAGUUUGACCUCACCGACCAUCCCUUCGCUGUGCUGCAUCCCUGCCGGCCAGCCGCCCUUCCAGCACGUCUGCCAGAUCGACAUUGAGCUUCACAGCCAAUCACCUCUUCCUACGAUCUUGACGGACAAGGCGAGUUCCCUCCCCGCCUGUCUGCGUACCUACAGCUUCCAGCAGAGCCCGUCUCACAUGGCGGCCCUACGACCAGAACAAAACCACGACAGAGACGUCAGCGCUGAGAGCAUCUGGGAGGACGAAGAGGAGAAGGAGGAGGAAGACGACCUGCAAGAGGACAUGGAAAAACCUCAGGAGGUGGCGUGGGACGAUCGGGGGAUGACAUGGGAGGUUUAUGGUGCCUCGGUGGACCUGGAGUCUCUGGGAACGGCCAUCCAGUCCCACCUGGAGUCGAAGGUCCGGGAGCAGGAGAAGCACAUCAGGACUCUGAGGAAGUCCAUCUGCUCCGACAGCAGCCUCAAAGGCUACAAGGCGAAGAAGAAGAGGAAGAAGAGGGGAGGGAUUCUGGGAUGCUGCAGGAAGACGCCUGCUGUGGCGGACUGAGAUCAGUUCAGGAAGUUAAAAUCCUCCUCAAACGACUGUAAAACAUGAAGACGUCUACACUGUAUGCAGACGGCACACAUCACUGUUUACUGCACCUACCUCUGCAUGCAGGAGUAUCACACCAUAUGCAAACUGUUUGGGAAAUGAGCUUUGUAGAGAGUGAAUGUACAAGUUGGAAUCACAGUCGUGCAAGAAAAAGUUCAGUCCAGUGAAGAAAAUGUCUGUCGCUAAAUGUACAACAAGAGCUUGGUCUUGGGAAGAUGUUGGAUCUCCAAACAACCAACCGGUCAACUUCCCAAACGCAAAAAUGUUCGGUAAACAGAUGGUAUCUUUAUCUCCAGUCAUGAGACGUAUUUCUGAGUGAAAGAACUGAAAGAAAAUCCUGUAGAAGGGGCUGGAUUUCUUAUAACUGUGUAGUGCUACCAAGUACAGAUAGAAAAUUCAUGUGGUUCUUGCACAGUCAGGCAUUAAUGGGGAUAUUUUUCCAGAUGUUUAUCUAUAACAAACUUAGUCUGGAUCCACGGAUUUGUUAAAGAUUUCAGUGUGACUGCGACAUAGUGUCACUGCGUCACUGUAACAUGUACUUGACUAUUUCGAGUCAUUUCGGCAAUUUUUUAAUCAUUUAGGACACAUCACUUGUCAUUUUAGAAAUGUUUUUAAAAAAAAUUAGGUCAAUUCUGAAUGAUUUCUUUAAUCAAUUUUGGACAUCUUUCAAUAAUUUUGGAAAGUUGUGAAUCUAUUACCGUUUCUAUGUCUUUUAGGACAUUUUUCAAGUCAUUUUGGACAUUUUUUGAGCCAUAUUGACCAUUUUUGGGUGAUUUUGGACACAUUUCCAGUUGUUAUGGGCAAGUUUAAAAUCAUUUGGGACACACUUUAGUCAUUUAGGACAUGUUUUAAGUUAUUUCGGGUAUUCUUUAGUCAUUUUAGACAUGUUUUUGAGUAAUUUUGAGUGCAAGUGAACACUACAUGAUCACAUGAUUGCAAUCAUUUUAGCAACUUUUAGCAGAUUUUUCUUCAGACUUUGAAGCUCCUGAUAGAGUUAAUUUAUUUAAUGUGUUGGUUAAUCAGGUGGAACUUGUAGCUAAUAGAUGGCCAAUCGCUGCUUUAGCCUGAAGUUAGGACCGCCCACCUAAUUAACAUAUUCAAAGACUGGAGGCAGAUUCUGAUUGGUCAGGAUUUCUUAAAAUGGAAAGUUAUUGGUAUAUUUUAGGUUCUUAUUUUGGCUACUGAUUCUAAUCAUGAUUAAUAUGUAAUUAUUUAUACAAGUAAUACAAAAUACCGGUAGUAAUAUGUCAUCAUAUUUUAUAGUGUAUUCUUCUACUCAUGGUACAUCUACAGCUUCCACUGCUUGUUUCCCAGCAGUAUUGGUGCAGGUUUUUAAAUGUACUGCAGUUUUAUCCCCGUACUGUAGUCGUAGUACGUCAUGUGGUGUGUCCUUCCUGCAGUAUUUCAGACGUGCUUGUUGACGUGAAGCAGAGAGGACAGAAGCUUCUUUGCUGCUAAAUAUUUCAUCCACUUUCUUUUUUAACCAAACGCCACACAAAACAGAGAGUUGAUAGUUUCUGCAGGUUUCCUUUUUCUGCCUGCUUCACUUCAUUCCUUCUUCUUUCCUUUUUGUCCUCUUCGUUCCCACCACACUUCAAGUUCAAACACAGUCUUCUGCUUUAUUGUAAAUGCAUGUAAAACUCCGAACUCCAUCGUCCUCGGCAAAAGCUCCUCCUUCUGUGUUGUUGACGAAACGCCGGAUUGUUUCUCUGAAUUAUUCAGAAACAUUAAAGUUCACGCUCAUGUUAACAGCAGAGUCUCUGCCAUGUUUUAUUCAGUCGGUGCACCGGAUGCAGUGAAGCUCUUUACCAGCAGUUUCUGCUUCAUUUUUCUUCACUGUGGGUUCAUUUUUCACUGCAACAUAAAAUCCUGCAGCUCUGUGGAAACGGAGCAAGCAUGAAGAACGAGAGGGAAAUCAGAAAAGACACAGAAUGAUGGAAAUCGAAACAAAAAGCCGUAAUUCUUCAGUCAUUACGAAAAAUGUAAAUUAUUCCACAGAUUUUACCACAGCUGGAACAAACUUAACAUUUUUAUAAACUUUUUCACUGUACUCUGCAGAUA